GUGGUCCACUUACCGUAAUGUCAUACCAUUACAGCCAAGGGUAGGUCAGGUCUGCAUGAGUAAACCGGACUUGUUGUAAACUACAUAUGGCUGCAGAGAUGGACAUAGGUUGGGCGCUAAAACAAGACUUAGCUGGAUUAAUAGUAGUUGGAAUGUAUCGUGUAAAAGUUUUCCGGUACUUUGGCAGUCAUGUCAACCUAAAGGGAUCUUGCAGCUGACCUCCUCCUCUCUUCUUUGAACAACUGAAAUGGCUUUAAAUGGUCGCAGUAGUGACUGGGGCAGCGCUGGGAAUAGGAAAAGCAAUAACAGAGAUACUUCUUCAAAAUGGUGCCAAGGUAGUCGUCCUGGAUGUGAAUGAAACCCCAGGCAAGAGUUUAAAGGAAGACCUUGACAAACAGUAUGGACAAGAGCGAACUCUGUUCCUGAACUGUGAUGUUGAGUCACAGGAGCAGAUCAAAGCUGCCCUUCAGAAAACUGUAGAAACCUUCGGAGGAAUAGACAUCUUGAAUGAGAGCGAGUGGAAGAAAACUGUCUCCGUAAACCUGACUGGUGUAAUGAAGGUAGCCUACUUGGCCCUGGAGCACAUGAACAAGUUGACUGGAGGUCGGGGAGGUGUCAUUGUCAACACAGCAUCCAUUGCAGGUCUUGCCCCAGUACUGUGCUGUCCUGUCUAUACAGCCACCAAGCACGAAGUGAUUGGCUUCACUCGAGCCAUGGCGGCUGUUUCUGCUGCCUCAGGCUAUGGUAUACGGUUCAACGCCAUUUGCCCAGGUUUGGUCCAAACUGACCUCUUCUCCACCAUUUUAGACAGAUUGAGACAAUUCUCCCACUUGGCUGAUGAAAUCAAAAAAUAUGCAGACAUGGGGGUGUUAAAGUUGUGUCCAGUGGGUUUAGCAGAGCUUGUCUGCUGAAAACAGCUGCCUCCUGCUGCAGGACACAGGGCGGGCCACUGAGAGCACUGAGCAGUGGUGGCGAGUAGCCACACUACUGGUUUAACUACAUUUACAAGUAGCACCCUGGUAAAUAACCAUAGCGCUGUAAACAGCUACAUCCCAUCAUACAAAUGAUUAAUUCAAUAAUAUUGAUAUUAAAAAGUGAUUUAACAAAUUUGACUGAGAGAGAGCAUACAGAUAAGAGAAAUUAAACAAAAACCUGUCUGUGUUCCUUUUUGGCACAUUACAACAAAUGACAGUUGAGCUUGUCUUUGACACAAAUGUUACAUAAUUGUGCAAAAACCCAAUAAAAAAGGCAUAAAAAAUUAAUGUGAAGAAAAUCUU